CCCCCCCCCCGUGACCCCAGAGCAGCCUGACAUGGACGUCACAUGAGUCGAUCGGAGGGGUGCACUCCGCCAUGACCGUUUGCGCGGCCUUUUCCUCAGCGCACUAGAUAAAGAUGGACGAAUCGGCCUUCUUGGAUCUUCUGGAGUGUCCCGUGUGUCUGGAGCGGCUCGAUGCGUCUGCGAAGGUCUUGCCGUGCCAGCACACAUUUUGCAAACGGUGUUUGCUGGGGAUUGUAGGCUCCCGGAAUGAACUCAGAUGUCCCGAGUGCAGGACCCUCGUUGGCUCGGAUGUUGAGGAGCUCCCCAGUAACAUCCUGCUGGUCAGACUCCUGGACGGCAUCAAGCAGAGGCCUUGGAAACCUGGCUCCGGCGGGGGCAGUGGGACGAACUGCGCAAAUGCGUUGCGGGCCCAGAGCAGCACCGUGGCGAACUGUGGCUCGAAAGAUGUGCAGAGCUCCCAGGGCGGACAGCAGCCGCGGGUGCAGGCGUGGAGCCCCCCGGGCAGGGGCGUGCCUCAGUUACCGUGUGCUAAAGCGAUACACAGCUACGAAGGGAAAGAGCCGGGGGACCUGAAGUUCAGCAAAGGCGACCUCAUCAUACUGCGGCGGCAGGUGGAUGAAAACUGGUUCCACGGGGAAGUCAACGGGGUCCACGGCUUUUUCCCCAGCAACUUCGUGCAGAUCAUCAAGCCGCUGCCUCAGCCCCCGCCUCAGUGCAAAGCACUUUAUGACUUUGAAGUGAAAGACAAGGAAGCAGACAAAGACUGCCUUCCGUUUGCAAAGGACGAUGUUCUGACUGUUAUCCGCCGAGUGGAUGAAAACUGGGCUGAAGGAAUGCUGGCAGACAAAAUAGGAAUAUUCCCAAUUUCCUAUGUUGAGUUUAACACAGCUGCCAAGCAGCUGAUAGAGUGGGACAAGCCACCGGCAGCCGGGGGUGAGGCGGGAGAGGGUGCCUCGGCAGCCACCCAGAGCACCGGGCCGAAGCCCGCGGACGCCAAGAAGAACACCAAGAAGCGGCACUCCUUCACCUCCCUCGCCACGGCCGGCAAGUGCUCCCAGGCCGUGCAGAACCGCCACUCCGUGGAGAUCAGCCCCCCGGUCCUCAUCAGCUCCAGCAACCCCACCGCGGCCGCCAGGAUCGGCGAGCGCUGCGGGCUCUCCUGCAGCGCCCCUUCUCAGGUUCAUAUAAGCACCACCGGGCUAAUCGUGACUCCGCCCCCGAGCAGCCCCGUGUCCGCCGGGCCCUCGUUCACCUUCCCCCCGGACAGUCCCUACCCGGCUGCCCUGACUGUGAACCCCCCUCUGCCCCCGCCCCCUCUCCUGGCCUCCACACCACCUGGCGCGGCUGCUGCAGGAACGGGGUCACGGCCUGCAGCGGGGUCCGCAGACCAGACUGCCCAUUCACGGCCCCAGACUCGCCCCAGCGUGUAUGUCGCUGUGUACCCGUACACCCCCCGGAAGGAGGAUGAGCUGGAGCUGAGAAAGGGGGAGAUGUUGGUGGUGUUUGAGCGCUGCCAGGAUGGCUGGUUCAAAGGGUCAUCGAUGCAGACCAGCAGGAUAGGGGUUUUCCCUGGCAAUUAUGUGGCACUGGUCCCAAGGGCCCUGACAAAUGCUCCCCAAGCUAAAGCCCCUGUGCCGACGGCUGCCCAGGCAGGUCGAGGGGUGAUCACCGUCAGCGCUUCCACGGCAGGAGGGCUGGCCCAGAAGCUCCAGGGAGGCGGUGUGGCCGGGAACCCCAGCAUCCCCACGGCUGUGGUGCCAGCAGCACACAUCCAGACCAGCCCUCAAGCAAAGGUCUUGCUGCACGUGAGCGGGCAGGUGACUGUCAACCAGGCCCGCGGCACUGUGAGGACAGUGGCGGCGCACAGCCAGGAGCGCCCUACGGCAGCGGUGACGCCCAUCCAGGCCCAGAGCUCCGGCUACCUGGGCCCGGCCGCCCACACGGCUGCUGUCAGUGUGGGCUGGGUCGGUGCCCCCCUGGCCUGCGCUCCAGCCACUGCGCUGACCUCCCCGAGCAUCGCCACCUCCUCCCUGGAGACAGAGCUGGGCGGCCGGGUGGCAACCGUCGUCCCUGGACCCCCCGCCUCUCCCGACAGCGCCUCAGCAGCUGGUGGGAGCGGUUCAGCCUUCAAACCAGAAAAGGAUAGCAAGAAAGAGAAGAAGGGGCUGCGGAAGCUGCUGGCGGGCGCGUCCGGCAAGCGCAGGGCACGGGCCUCCCCGCCGGCCUCGCCCACCCCGGACGCGGAGCCGGGCCCGGACCGGGACGCGGAGCCGCCGAGCGCCCAGGACGCAGCGCCGCGCAGGGAGCCCGCCGCGCCCGUGGCGCCCCCGCCGCGCCUGCCCUGCUCCUCGCUGGGCCCGGGGACCGAGGCCAGGCCCGCAGCCUGCGAGCGGCACCGGGUGGUCGUUUCCUAUCCUCCUCAGAGUGAGGCAGAACUUGAACUCAAAGAAGGCGAUAUUGUGUUUGUGCAUAAGAAACGGGAAGACGGCUGGUUCAAAGGCACCCUGCAGCGUAACGGGAAGACGGGCCUGUUCCCGGGAAGCUUCGUGGAGAACAUCUGAGGGACCGGCACUGGGAGGCGCGUGGUCCCACGGCACAGCGCGCAGAGCAGCCCCUCGGAAACGCACGUGUGCAGACGUCCAGGUGACCGGGACGCGCACAGGACUGGUGUGGCCCCGGCGCCUCGCAGCAGUGAGGCCAGCGGCCAGCGUGAAGGAGGCGUGUGUGUGAGUUCGCCUCUGGGUUCUGAGGUGUAAGCUGUGCCUCGACCUGUCGGAUUUCCUAUACAGAGAAACCUUUUUUAAAAACGAUAUAUAGCAAAAAUGGACAAUUGUUUACAAGGCUUAACUAAUUUAUUUGAUUUUUUAAACUUGAAUUUUUCUUGUAAUAGAUAAAUUCUUUGGAUUGUGAUUUUAAGAAAUUAUUAAUUUAUGAGAUGAUAGCUAAGGAGAAGCUGGAUUAUCUCCUGCUGAGAGAAAGAGGUUCUUUUUGAUGUAGAAUGACACCACCCCCGAGCCCCAGCCUCUUCAGGACAGAAAGGCCAGUCCCCUGGGGGCUUUCCUCUUGGGAGAGCACAGCACGUCGGUCAGUGAAUGUCAGUGUCGGUCAGGGCCCAGGGCAACGAGACGGUACUCGGGGAGAGAAGUGGGCAAUCCCUGCCUCUCCGGGUGGGUCGGGCAUCACCCUUAAGGCCUAGUCCUCAGUUUGACUUUGUGGGUUUUUAAUUUCCCUAGAAAGAAGUCAAUGGAGUGAUAAGAAUAAAGCACAACCCUUGAACAAGAGUGUAUUCAGGAAUAUAUUUAGUUAUAUAAGAGAAGCAGCUCAGGUCAUUGGUUGGAAAUUGAGAAAAUUGAGAAUGGCUGUGAAAUGUAAUUACCCAUUUUACCCCCAAGCGAUCUGCGUCCGGAUGCAGGACACAGGGAAGCAUUUGUGAGAUAAGUGAUACACUCGUGCUAAAGUCAAAGGCGAUAAGAACACUGAGAAGUUGACGUUCCCCCGUUUGUGACCCCCCCUCCCGGCCGCGCAUGUCACGUGGCGGUGCAGCCUCUGUGUGGUGUGAGCCUUUCAUGCGGGUUCCCGUUGAGGUCAGUGUGUGCCCAGAAAGCGCCAGCGCAGGUAUAAAAUAAGCCGCUUUCUUUUCUGCACCCGAGGCCACUGCCGACCACGGCCUCUGAGGGUCCCCUCCCUCCCUGCUGAGCUUGCGUGUUAUGUCACUUCUUGGACGUCCUUGGCCUCUGCUCCCCGCUUCAGUCACUCCGGGACCACGCCGUUUUGGGUCUGGGUUCUCAAAACAAAAGGAGGGAGAACAGCCAGUAGUGGAUGAAAUUGUUGCUACAGUUUACCCGUGAAAAGCGAAAACAAAAACCUUUUUAUUUUUUACUUUUAAGAAUUAUGACUGGGAGAUAUCGCAAGAGAUGUCAUGGUCUUAAAAACGUAUAUUAUAUGGUUGAAAUGAAAUCAUUCCUAAAUUAACCAUUUUUUUAUAUAAGACACUGUACAUUAUGUUCCUGUAUGUUGAAUUUUAAAAAAAAAAUACUUUACUUGGAUAUUCAUGUAAUAUAUAAAGGUUUGGUGAGCUGAACUUAGGAAAAAAAGCUGGCAUCAGCUCUCACCCGUGUAAGUGGGCACCAGUGUGUUGUAAUCUUUAUUUUGGGAAAUCAGUGUAUUUUAUAAAAAAUUUAAAAAGUAAAAAAGACUACUACAGGUUAAGAUAAUUUUUUUACCUGUCUUUUCUCCACAUUUUAAGCUAUGUGAUGAAGUACCUCUGUUAAUAGUUUCCUGGUAUGAAGUUCAUUAAAAUUUCAUCUGUUGAUAGAUCACUUAGAUAAUAUAAUGUAUGGGUUUUCUAUUGGGGUUUUGGAGAGAGUAGAUUGAGAUUUUGUAACAAGGGCUUGUUACACAGAGAUAUGGUGAUAAAAUUGCAAUUUAUCAUUCCUUUUCAUGUUAAUAGUUUGAAGCCUGGAGAAAAUGUUCAAGAUUAAAAUUUGAUGUUCGGCCUU